GGUUUUUGUUUCUGUUUUUACGCUCACUUCAAUCGACUCCUACUAUUCCAUCUUUCCUUAUACCCAUAACUCCAAAACCUUCCUGACUUUGCCAUCACCCAAGACCACCGACCUUCCACAUAGCGGUAGCGUUUUCCGGCAACCCGGCACCGUCCUUCUUUCUUUAUCAAUCGUUUAGUUCUGGAUGCUUUUUAGUAAGUGACAUUGAUUCAGUGGCGGAGCUUCACAAGUUUUAUUGAGGGACCGUAAGAAAUAUUAUUUGACAACUUGAAAUUUAUCAAGUUAAAAUUUCCACCAGAAAGUUGCUCUUGUAAUGGAUAUAAUCUCUCAGCUACAAGAACAAGUUAAUUCAAUUGCAAAUUUAGCUUUUAACACCAUUGGGACAUUGCAAAGGGAUGCUCCUCCUAAUCAGCUCUCACCAAAGUACCCUGAACCACCUGCACAUCCUGUGGAGGAUGGGGCAAACUUCUCAGAAGAACCAAAGUUGAUGAGUGCUUCUUUGGUCAAGGCUUCUAAGCAGUUUGAUGCAUUGGUCGCAGCGCUUCCAAUAUCUGAGACAGGUGAAGAAGCACAGCUUAAGAGGAUUGCCGAACUACAAGCUGAAAAUGAUGUAGUAGGCCAAGAACUUCAGAAGCAAUUGGAAGCUGCAGAGAAGGAAUUAAAUCAAGUUCAGGAGUUGUUUAGGCAAGCAUCAGAUAAUUGUUUGAACUUGAAGAAGCCAGAUGUCAAUUAGUUUCUUGUGUUGCUGGUGAUUUCGGAGAAGAAUCAGAGACUUAGGCUUAUCUCAUCUCAACUAAAUCAGGGCCUGCUGCUGGAAGAUUUUACUUUUUACCAUAAAGUCUUUACUCUUUAGUUCGGGAAAUAGCUAUAUUCUUUCAUAUACUGUAAAUUAGUCAUGUCAGCUUGGCAUUUGUAGAAAAUCUUAUAGGGGUUGGGUAUUUAUAUCAACAUCAUCUUUAUUCAUGAGGAUUUAUCAGAGGAGAUAUUUUUUAGUUUGAUUGUUUGUGUGGAUAUAUUUUUUAAUUAUUUUGGAAAGUUAAAACAA